CUUCCGGCGGCGGUGGGCGGGAACCAUGGCUGGGCAGCGGGAGGGAGAGCUGUGUGUUCGAGUCCUGGCCCUGGCCCUGGCCGCGAUCUUCGCCCUCGGGGCUCGGGCCGAUGACUGUCCGUGCGCCGACAACGCCCUGUGCCGCCCGGUGUCCGGAGACAAGUCGUUCGAGCUCUUGGUCUUUGAUGUUGGUGGUACAGAUUGGACCCAUUAUGACUUUUCUAGGGUCACAACUAUUGCAGCCUUUGGAAUCUAUGACCCUCAGCUUAUAUGUCAUGCUCACGCACAUAAUGUUCGUGUCGUCCUGAAAGGAGAUGUGCCAAUUAAGAACAUAUUAGACCGUACCCAGCGAAAGAAUUGGAUCAGUGAUAAAGUCCAGUUGGCAAAACAGCAGUUUAUGGACGGGAUUAACCUGGAUCUGGAGGAUCCUGUUGAAUUGAAGUCAGAAGGAUAUUACGCUUUAACGCAACUGGUUAAUGAAACCACCCAAGCCUUCCAUCGUGACAUACCAGGGUCUAAGGUCACAUUUGACGUGGCUUGGAAGCCAGGAUGCGUAGAUGGCAGGUGCUAUGAUUAUGCAGCAAUUGCAGCUUCUUGUGACUUUAUAUUUGUGAUGUCGUAUGAUAUGCAGAGUCAAAUUUGGGAUGAUUGCAUUGCAAAGGCAAAUGCACCAUAUAAUCAGACAUUAUUGGGUUACACAGACUAUCUCAACCUGGGCAUUCCUGCUACAAAAAUUGUGAUGGGAGUUCCGUGGUAUGGUUAUGACUAUCCUUGCUUACAACUGCUUGAGGGUGACCGAUGUAUGAUCCGAAGCAUUCCUUUCAGAGGUGCACCUUGCAGCGAUUUAGCUGCACCUCAAGUCCCAUAUGAUGUUCUCAUGCAGCUGCUGCCCAGAUCAAUCACUGGCAGGUUUUGGGAUGAUGUUCAGAAAACCCCUUAUUUUAUCUACAUGGUCAACGAUACAUACCAUCAGGUCUGGUAUGAUGAUCCACAGAGCAUUUCAAUGAAGGCAGCUAUCAUCAAUAAACUGAAUCUCCAUGGCAUAGGCAUGUGGAAUGCAAAUCUCUUAAACUAUGAUGAUCCUAAAGCAGCAGUACAAACUAAAGAAAUGUGGAAUGCAUUGAUCCCUCACUAAAGCUGGCACUCUUGUUCAGAGUGUUUUUACUCCAAAAUGCAAUUAAUUAGCAACUGCAACUAAACAUCGCGAGCGUUGAACCAUUGCCUCUCAAUAUUAGAAAUUGAACUAACAGAUUUAUGGAGCAGAUAAGAAAUGAUUCUAAUAUUUUUAUUAAUGAGAAGCGCACAGGCGAUGUGCAAAAUCUUAAUGUUUACAGAGUGCACAGACUCUGCGUCAGCCACCAGAAUGACAGUACAAAUUAAACAUUGAACCACUACUAAAUACCUGUUCUAGGAAACAGUUCAGCUUUUCUGCUAGUUGGAAAUUACAUACAACGUACGUAUGUGUUGUCUGUUUUGUUGUUUAAUUUUGCACAAUCUUUGAUUUUAUUUUGCAGUCAUUAUCAUUUUGAGCUUCCUAACUUUUCAUUAUCUGUGUGGAGGUUAUGAAUAGAUCAGCAAAAAGUCAUUUUUGCUGUUACUAAUUUUCAGUGAAUUUUGCAAGGCACUACAACUAUUUGAUGUUUAAUCUUCUGAAAUGAUUUAUAAUUUCCUAUUCCUGAAAGAUACUUUAGCUUUUCUAC